AUGGGAGAGCUGCUGUCUCCCUCGGGCAGAGAAGUGUGUUUUAAACUGGAGAGCGGAGGACUGAGAGGAGGAGGCAGAUUCGGGCAGACCACACCGCCCCUCGUGGAAUUCUUGAAAGAUAUUUUACGAAGGUACCCUGAAGGUGGACAGAUUCUCAAAGAGCUGAUUCAGAACGCUGAAGAUGCAGGAGCGAGCGAAGUGCGGUUUCUGUUUGAUGAGACGGAGUACGGAGUGGAGUCGCUGUGGUCCCCAGGCCUGGCCCAGCAUCAAGGCGCCGCGCUGUACGUCUACAACGACGCUGUGUUCACGAUGGAAGACUGGAACGGAAUUCAAGAGAUCGCACGAAGCAGGAAGAGAGAGGAUCCUCUGAAAGUCGGAAGAUUCGGGAUCGGCUUCAACUCGGUUUAUCACAUCACAGAUGUGCCCAGCAUUUUCAGCAGUGACCAGAUCGCGAUGCUGGACCCACACCAGACUCUGUUUGGGACCAACGAGUCCGGCCAGUGUUGGAAUCUCAAGACAGACGUCAAAGAGAUCGCAGAACUCACCGACCAGUUCGCUCCCUACGUGGGCAUUUUGGGGAGUUCGGACAAAACCAUCAAAAACGGCAACUUCCCCGGGACGCUCUUCCGCUUCCCACUUCGCACGGCCCCGUCCCAGCUCAGCGCCAACAUCUACAACAAGGAAAAAGUCCUGGAGCUUUUCGAGUCCUUCAAAGCCGACGCAGACACGGUGCUGCUCUUCCUCAAAAGCGUGCAAAAGAUCUCUUUGCACGUGCGGGAACCAGACGGCACCGAGAAAUUGCUUUAUCAAGUCACGGCGACGGAAAACGCAGACAACAAACUGGAACGAAGCGAAGCCCUCAAGACUUUGGGAGAAGCCGUGGACAGCUACAGCCAAGGGGUCCCGAGCUCCACCAUCACCUGCGUCACCUACCAGCUCAACAUCCAAACACAAGACCAAACUCGCAAGGAGACGCAGAGGACGGCGUGGCUGGUGUGCAACGGGGUCGGAGGCAGAGGAAUGUGCGGCGAUAUGGACAAUCUGGCGGGCGACUUGAAGUUCCUGCCUUCUAUCGGUAUCGCCAUGCCUCUCGCGGAGAAAGAACGCGAAGAUGAAGCGGCGGCCGGGUUUUUGGGCCGCGCGUUUUGCUUCCUCCCCCUCCCGCCCGGCGAAGAGAGUGAAACGGGAUUGCCGGUUCAUGUUAGCGGUUUCUUCGGACUCACGGACAACAGGAGGAGUAUAAAAUGGCGAGAGGUGGAUCAGUUUAGGGAUCCGGCUGCUUUAUGGAACGAGCUGCUCAUGAUGACCGUCAUCCCUAAAGCGUACUUCACACUUAUCGUUGAAACCGUUAAAAGAUCACAAAGCACAACGCAGCAAGAGUUCGCGCUGACGCCGAGAGGAACCUACGCGGCGUGGCCCGAUCCGAAGCACGUCAAGUCCCGUUGGAAAGCCAUUCUUCAGCCUUUGUUUAAUGAGCUGUUAAAGGAGAAGGUCAUCUAUUCCCUGAGCGAGAGCUGGGUCAGAGCGGAUCAAGCGGUUUUCUCUGAACUGGACACGGAUAAGGACAUCGCAGACGCUGUGAUUAACUACCUCCAAAGCUCAAGGAUGCAGGUGGCGAAGGUGCCGGCCGCGGUGGACUCAGCCUUAGCUGCCUACGCGCCCGAAGCCGCUGAAGUGAAGAAGGCCAGGCCGGCUUUGCUGAGGCAGGCGGUGAGGAAGCACAAGCACAAGGGCCCGGCAGAAGAAAAGCUGCUGCUGCUGGAGUUUGCGCUGAGUGAUGCUAACUACAGUGACCUCAUCGGACUGGAGCUGCUGCCUCUGCAAGACCAGUCCUUCACCACCUUCACCUCCUCGGUCACAGAGAAGGACGCAGUGUACAUCGCAUCAGAAGAGUAUCCCAGGGCCCUGUACCCUGGACUGGAAGGUCGCUUCGUCCGUGAGAACCUGAAAGCUUCAGUAAUGGACAGACUGAAGAAAGCGGCCAAAAGCAGAGUGCAGCAGUACCUAUGGGGUUGUUCUGGAAGGCCCUGUACUCAGCUGCAAGUGCUGACCCCAGAGCGCUCCGCCAGACUCAUCAAGGAGAUCCUGACCAAGGCCUGGCCAACCAGAGACUUGACCGUGCAAUGGGAGCCUGAGAACCAGGAGCUGCAGCAUCCAACCGUGUCCUGGCUUAAAAUGCUUUGGAAACAUUUAUACAUAAAAUUUGCAGACGAUCUGAGUCCCUUUGACGACAUGCCAUUGAUUCCACUCGAGCCACUUCAUGAUGGCAUCAAAUGUGUGACCCUGCUCCGCCUCAAAACCCCAUCUCCCAUCGUUCAUGUGAGCGACCAGGAGCUCAGUGUGUCCGACAGUCUGCUGCACAUCAUGGACAAACUGGGGAUCAAAGUCAUUCAAAAGCUGGAUUCCUGUUUGCAACAUCCUCAACUUAGGUUUUAUAUCCAUUCAUUCUCGCCGAGCGUCCUGCUGCAAAAUAUGGACCGCUUGUCUACGCAGCGUUUAGCAGGUCUGGUGUCGUCUUUCUCGGUAAAAGAGAAAAUAGCACUGAGAAACUUUCUGGCAGGACUAUCUGAUAUCACAGAGAGAGAAAAACACGCACUGCUGGAGCUUUCCAUCUUUGAGAAAGUGGGGAGCUCCGCAGAAGGUGGUUCAAAAUACAUAUCGCUGAGAGGCGCCCGAGCACUGCAUCACAGAGCCAAGUACCCACCAGAUGUGAAAGUAUCCAUUAACCUUGUGAGCUGCCGUGAUGAGGAGUCUAUCCGACUUGUAAAGAUGAUGAAUGUGGAGCAGGUGAAAACAACAGAAUAUAUCCCAAUAAUCAUGAGCAGAGAAUUCAUGAUCAUGUUUGACCCAAAUAUCAAUCACAUCAGCAAGCACAUACGAGACCCGUCCAACCCAGGCAUCAAAAUCAACUGGAGCAAACAGCAAAAGAGGUUACGAAAGUUUCCCAACCAGUUCAAACCAUUCAUAAAUGUCUUCAACUGCCAGCUUCCUCUUGCCCAGGACUCCCCUUACAAAUUCGACGGGACACUUUUCAGACUGCCUUUCAGAACAGAGCAGGAAGCUUCAACGAGUGAAAUCAGUACUUUCUAUUACAACACGGCAGACGUUUAUUCAUUGGUUGAUGAGUUCAGUCUUUGCGGUCAUCGCUUCAUUCUGUUCACUCAGCAUGUUGGAAGCAUGGUUCUGAAGUACCUCAAGUAUGAAGAAGCAAAUCCGGCUGCAGCACAAGACGUAGUAACAAUCAACAAAAGCGUUUGGACAUCUAAAGCCUCAUAUGGGCCGUUAAGUAUCCUCAAAACAGCAGCGAGGGUCAUGAAAAAGGCUGCGAGCACCAACAAGGUACCAGCCGACGCUCCAAAGUCUGGCUGUAUCAUACGCGUCGUGGUCGAGGAGUUUCAUAAUGUGUUCAAACGCGUUGUUGAUCUCCACUCCCCUUUGUUCAGAGGUCCAGAGGAAGACCCGAAUCAGUACUUUGAGAUGGCUGCUAAAGGAAUACAGUCCAAACGCCAUACUGACGAAAUGCCCCAAAAAGUUACUGAGGUCACCAACUGGCUCAUUGCAUCGUGCAUGGAUAUCAACGAAGCGCUCAAGUUUUCCCUUAACGACAGUGGGAAAAGACUCGGACUAGUGCCUUGCGGUGGUGUUGCUGUUUUGCUGUCAGAGGAAGAAAAUCGUAAAUGGAUGGCGUAUUUGUCAGCGCUCACCAUGCUACGAAUAAUGGCAGAGAAUGAAGAACUGCUCAACUACAACUAUUAUGCAGCGUGGCCUGAUCCUGGACAAGUGCACGAUGACUUCACACUGAUCAGUCAAGGCGUCUACCAGGAAAUAGCCAAAGGAGGAGAUGGUGAACAGGCUAAAGUGUUCUCAGACGGAAUAUCAUGGGUCUCUAUCCAAUCCGUGAGAUUCCUUGAUGAUGCUCUACUUUGCAGACAAGACAUUGGCCCAUCUGCUUUCAAAAUAUUCCUGAAAUACCUCAAGAAAAGCGGAUCACAAAACCUCUGUGCAGUCGAGCUCCCUGAAUGGGUAAAAGAAGGAUUUGAUGAUGCUGGGUGUAAAGGAAAGCUCUUGGAAAACACCCUGACGGAAAAGCAGUUCUUUACCGAUGUGUUUUUCCCUCACAUACAAGAAAUCGACAAAGAGCUGCGAGAUCCAUUGAUGCAGUAUGUUUUAAAUGAAAAACUGGAAGAAUUCGCCCCAAUACUCAGGGACACUCCUUGCAUACCGUGUUCUGGCCCCCAAAAGGAGCUGGUUCUUCCUUGUCGACUCAUUCACCCCGAGGGAAGAGUUGCAAAGCUGUACAACCCUGAUGAUGGGAGAUUUCCUGAAGGGACAACCAAAGACUACCUCAACCCUGUGUGUUUGGUGAAGCUUGUGCAGUUAGGUAUGGCAAAAGAUGAUCUGUCAUGGGAAGACAUCACUGAACGCUCAGAGUCUGUAAAUGAGCUCAAUGAAAGCAACCACAUGUCUGCCUGUAUUCGCAGCAGCAUCCUUCUCAGCCUUAUAGAUGAGAAACUGAAAAUGGGAGACCUCGGAGAACCCAAGCUUCUUGAAAGGCUACAGAACACAAAGUUUCUUCCAUUUCUUACAAGACCUGCGGGGUUCUCGCUGCCCUGGCAUGGGAAUGACUUUGAGCCAACCACCAUGUUUUCUGCUAAAGAACUCUUUACAACAGAGCACCAGGACACGGUGUGUUUAAUCAAACCUAUCCUGAAUGAAAACUCUCCAUCUUUUAAAGACACUUCAUAUUUGAUUGCCAUGUUGGGUUGUAAUGACAUUUAUCGGAUCACAGAAAAGUUGGACAAUCUCGGGGUGAAGUAUGAUUCCACUGAACCUUCAAAACUAGAGCUUCCUCUUCCUGGAACUCCCAUACCAGCAGAAAUCCAUCACACUUUACUGAUGGAUCCACUCUACCCUGGAGAGUAUGUGGGCUACUUGGUAGAUUCAGAGGGAGGAGACAUUUAUGGGUCAUACCAGCCAACCUACACAUAUGCCAUCAUUGUGCAGGAAGUAGAGAAAGAGGAAGAGGAAAACAGCAAUGUGCUCGGGAAAUGUUUCCAGAUUGACAUUGGCUACAGCGAGUACAAAAUUGUCAGCUCCCUUGACUUGUAUAAAUUUUCAAGACAAGAUGAAAACAGUCAAGCAAGAGACACCAGUUCCCCAUCAACACCUACAAGUCCAGACAUUCGAUCAUCCACUCUUCGGAUGAUGCCUCCAAUAUUCACAGGCAAAGAAAACCUCAGGCCUCCACCCCAAAAACAGUCACCAAAAAAGAUCAAACUACAUGCAUUACCUGAGAUCCUCAAAGAAGUGACUUUAGUUGUUGAGCAAGCAUGGAAGCUUCCGGAAACCGAGAGGAAGAAGAUCAUCCGGCGACUGUAUCUCAAAUGGCACCCAGACAAAAAUGCCGAGAACCUGGACGUGGCGACAGAGGUAUUCAAGCAUCUGCAGAACGAGAUAAGCCGAAUGGAAAAGCAGUCUUUGAUAGAUCAGCAAAACAAUGAAAGGACCUCAAGACGACCCUAUUCCUCUUCGUCCACACGCUUUCAGUCAGAUAAGUUCUCCUAUCAAAGGUAUUACUCCACGUGGAACCAAGAGGCAACCAACCAUAGGUCCGAAAGACAACAGUUCAGGGAGCACAACCAAAGCUAUGCAGGCUCCUCCCACUCGCACCGCUUCUUCGUACCCCCAACCUUCAAGACCGUGGGUAACCCUGUAGAAGCUCGUCGAUGGCUGAGGCAAGCCAGAGCCAACUAUUCUGCGGCUCGAAACGAUCUUCACAAAAAUGCCAAUGAGUGGGUUUGCUUUAAAUGCUACCUUGCGACAAAGCUAGCCCUGAUCGCUGCAGACUAUGCAGUCCGAGGGAAGUCGGACAAAGAUGUGAAGCCCACGGCACUGGCGCAGAAAGUGGAGGAGUAUAAUGGCCAGUUAGCAGGACUGGCCAACGACGUCCAGAUCCUGGAAGGGUACGGGGUGGACAGUCUCAGGACCCGUUACCCAGAUCUCCUCCCGUUUCCUCAGAUUCCCAAUGACCGGUUCACGUCUGAAGUAGCAAUGAGAGUGAUGGAGUGUACAGCCCGGAUCAUUAUAAAGCUUGAAACCUUUGUGCAACAAAAAGUAUAA